AUGGACUCGUUAGAAAGAAAAAAAUUGCGCGAAUUACUUGCUCGCGCAGACGUUUUGGCGGGCAAGACAGAGUCUGAUACACGAGGAGCUUCGCUUGAGGAUACGCUAUCUCGACGCCUUACCAAGGUUUCUCCACCCGCUUCCCAACAACCCACAACCACUGAUGCCACUACUUACACUCAAUUCGUUGAUACUUGCUUAUCAACACUUGAAUCGAUCCAAUCGAUUCUUCGGGAUAUAAACGAUGCUGAAGACGAUGCAGACUCUAGAGAUGCGAAAGAACUGUUGGGAAUACGGGACAUGAGAUUGAUUCAUACAAUGUUGGAGAUCGUUGUAUGCUGGGGAAUUUACCCCUCUUUUCUGAAAGGCGUCGGCAUUCCACUUGGACAAAGGAGUCGUUCAGGAUUUGUACAAUCCGAUAACUUUCAGAUGUCUACGUUGAAAUCGAAUGAGCAGCCAGAUCAGCAAAGGCUCUUUGUUUUAGCAAAGAAAUUGACGCAAAUAGCCCUCUGUUCCUCCACAAAACCAAUAACUUAUACAACGGUAUCAUCGAUAUUGUUUGCAAAGCACCUGACGGAUCUAUAUGCAGCAUUGCUACAAUUAGCGUAUGCGCCUAAUUUGGAGAAUGAUAAUGAGAAGACCCGGAAUGAGAUUCGCCAAUACAGUAAAGAACUGUUUAACAAAGUUUUUACGAGAGCUGACAUUUUUCGCUCUUUAGACUCUCUUACUACGCUUCUUGGCUCUCCUCCUCUUCAUUCAGCUCCCAAAUGGCUCAGGGCUGUCUGUGGCAAAUUACUCACAUCAGUAUUACUGAGACCUGAUGGUGUGCAAGCGGUAGUUGAUUUUAUGGUUGGAGGCGAGAACGAAGUGAGCCCGACAAAGAUGGCAAAAAUUUCUCAAUUGAUUUUAUCUGUUCCGAGCCAAGCAUCUUCUGUUGAGGAAUAUUUUUCAACAAUUUCCCCUCAGCUGAUUAAAAUCUUGCAGACGAGCCUCCCAAAGAACCAAGUGACAUCCCCUUGCAUCACAGUAAUCUCGUUCACAAUCCUCCAGAUGUCCGUUAGAUAUCCGACCAUCACCGAAUCUCUUAUAAUUGAACCCUUAUUUUCUCCUUUGCUGUUGACCUCUGAGCAAACCAUCUCGUCACUUAUCAUGGUCCUUUAUCGUGUUUUAGUAAGUAGUGAACCUCCUACCCCAGAGACUCUGAAACUGUUUUUGGGUGAUAUAAUUGCGCCCCUUUACUAUAUGUACGCAUUUGCGUGUACUACUAAAGUAUGGCUAAAGGACAGUCUUAGAGAUGUGUUACUGGCAUAUUUCAGAAUCGUUGGAGACUUGAAUGCGGUAAAGGAGAUUGUAUUUAGACGAGGGAAGGAGAGGGAAGCCAAGGAUGUCGGGGAGGUUGGCGAGGUCUAUUUCGCUCGUGGCGAGGGUGGGGGAAUUGAGAUGCGGAUAAGAAGCUCGAAAGGGGUUUUACCUCCCACAGUGACCUAUUUAGACGUUGACAUUUUUAUUGAUUUCCUCAAAACAUUGGCAAAUAACGAAUUGUCUGGAGACAUCUUUAUGUAUCUUCUGAACGAAUAUACAGCCGUUAAAAACGAUCGCGUCCGAAUAACGCAAACAAAGAGAGUUCUUACUCUCCUUCAUCUCAUCCUUGCAAUGAUUGACUGUCUGGGUUCGACCAUUAUACAAAAGCCUGGACAAAUAAUAUCUUUUGUUGAUAACGUUUUGGAAAAUUAUGGGCAGAAAGGAUUUAGUAACUCUGCACCAAAUAGUGAUAGGUCGAGUAAAACACCGAUCAUUCAUGUUGCGGGCAGUUCUAUUAACUUUUUCUUAAUUUGUUGUUUUUGCAUUUCUGACUUUCUGUGGCUUCCCAAACUCGAACUACAAUUGCUAGAAAACACCCACCUCACGAAGCAGGAAAAUCACAUUCUAAAUCUUCUUUCCGACCGUCUCGCAAAGUUUUCCAACCAUUGGUCCUCUGACAUCCGUCAAAUGUCGCGAAAUCUGUGUAUUGCUAUAUCUGUGCGUAGUCUUACUUCACCCGUGGAUGACGCAGAAAAAACGCGACAGCAAUCUUUAAAAAAAUAUCAAGAAGCGCUCGAAGCAUUAAGAGAUACCAUCCUUCCCGUUCGUGCACGGGGAAUAGUGAUGCUUAAAGAGAUGAUCCUUGCGCGAGACCCCAUUAUGUAUGAAGGCGAUAAUUUAGAUCACGUCUUGGAUAUUUUUAUAAAGAUGAUUGAGGAAGAGGAAAGCUUUAUUUACCUUAAUGCAGUCCGUGGGUUGUCUUCGCUUACGGAUGUGCACGGAGAAAAGAUAAUGAAAAAGUUAAUGGACAUAUAUAGUAAUCCGAAGGAAGCGAUGGAUAGUAGAUUACGUAUCGGCGAAGCUAUUUUGCAGACUAUACAAAGAUGUGGUGAAGCGCUUGGAAAAUAUAUCUUGAUAUUGCUUCCGCCGCUUUUGCAAAUUCUCGACAAGGAUACAAACACAAAUCUUCGAAUGUCAGCAUUGUCGAUCAUCGGUUGCGCGUGCGAGACGUCCUCGACUGCUCUCGUUAACUGGUUUCAAGAUCUGGUGGAUUGGAUUUUAAACAUUCUCGCUAUCGAGAAGGCGCCCGAGAUACGGCGUGCAUGCGUGGCACUCCUCAUCUCUCUUUUUCGUGGUCUUGGCUCUCGCACUUUGUACGAGGUUCAUGGUCGCCUGUUGAAACGCGCAUACACCACACUGAACUAUGUUGAAAGCGUAGACAAGGAUGAUUUGACGAGAUAUCACGCGAGGGUUGCCCUUAGCGAUCUCGAUGUGAUUAUUAAGGGAGAGUUGAGCAAGACACCUUUGUGA